ACUGCUAUAAAAGUGCUGGUACUGAACCUGUGAGAAGAGAAGCCUGACCAAAGCAAGAUCUGGAUACAGAUGCAAAGACUCUGAAUGUGCAAGAGAACAUUUGAGAAAGUUGUUAGUUUGGCUUAUCCUGCAAAAACUGUUUUCCAGAAUGCAUUACAUCGCUGUAUUUGCUCUCUUGUUGGUCUGUGCCUCGGCUGAUGACUCUCAUUACUCCUUUUCGCCGUCUGUGGGAUAUGGAGGGGGCUCCUCGUACAGCGUCACCGGGGUGGGCAGAAUCACAGCUGUUAGAGUGUGGGAUCUCUACAACAACUACAUCUAUGGCUUCCAACUUCGGUACGAGGGGGUUUGGAGUCCGGUAGUUGGCUACAUAUCUGGUGCACCUAAUGAGUUGGAGCUAUUUAAGGAUGAAAAAAUCAUCCAGAUCUCUGGGAAGUACACUCACUACCUUCAGUCGCUGAUCUUUGUCACCGAUAAGGGCCGCUCCCUGCAUGUUGGUCAGCCCACAGGCCAUACCUUCAACAUGUAUCCUACCCACCCAGACGCCGAACUGCGCUUCCUUAGCGGCAGCGUUCAUGGACCUCCCACUUCCCUCCAGGCCCACUGGGCUAUCCUCGACACUGACAGCAGUGAGCAUCAUUAAGCAAUGGUGAAGAAAAUCUGCUGAUAAAUAGCGGCCAUCUUUAAAUUAGCAUUUUUCUCUACCGUUUUUACCCUUUCUUCACUUUUUGAAUUAGACUAUGAUUCAUUUUUGUCUUUUUGGUGAAACUGUUAACCAUUUAUUCAAGUUUAGUUUAAAAUCAGUUUUAAUAGCAUGGGGAUUCCAUUUUCUGUUCUUUUUUUUAUCUUUUUUCUUUGUGCUUUACCAAUAUAGUUCUGGGAAUAGAUAUGCCAGAGCUAGAUAACGGCCCAACAGAUUGUUUUUUUCACAAUCAGAUCAUUAUGUUUGUUGUAUUAAGGUUCUGUUUUGUACGUUUAUAUGUAACUUCAUUGAUAAUUUAGGGAAUAAAAAUAGAACAGACACAGAGACUGAAAGGAAGAGGGUAUAAGAAUUAAGGGGAGAGAGAGUAAGAGGAAAGAGGGAAGAUUAAAUGGAAAAGAGAAAAAAACAAAACAACAUACAAAACAGAUAUACAGUAGCUCCUAGAAGUCUGAUUCCGCACCUGCAUGAGAUGAGAGGGGAAAAAAACAGAAAGCAAAGCAUAAGGAAAACUUAAACAAAAGACAACCAAAAUAAACAUCUAAAUAGCUUCUAGAGCAACAAGUAUCCCAUAGAUACCCAAUCAGCAUAUGUGUGUGUGAAAAGCAAAGCCUGUGGUGAUUAUACAAUGUCAUACAGGGUUGUAUGUAUUUGUAGCUGCAGCUUAGUAUUUAGCAUCAGCAUGUAUCUAUGAGCAUCUGGCACAAAACUCUUUGCUGUGCAGCCUCCAAAAUUAAUAGAUUUUGGUUUCAAUAAAAAUAUUAAUCUACCUUAUUUUGUUUUUUAUUUUAAGAAAAAUUGUAUUAACCCUAAGUAUUAUAGAAGGGUAUGGCAUAUGUGUGAUAGGUUAGUGAAGAUUAUCUCCUUCCAUGUUUGUUUAUUCGAACUAUAGUUUCAUCUAAAUCAUGUUUUUUUCUUUCUUGUAAAAUUUGAUAAAAAUAAUCUGAUAAUAAAUAAACAUAAUCAUAUUCCA